UUCGAACCGUCUUCUGCAUCUGAAACCUCCGAGAUCUCGAAACACCCGUUAACACGAGCACUGUGACUUGGAUUGCGAGGGUUGUCUAUAACACUGUUGCCUCAUAUCGCGAUCCUUUCAAAUACCCUUCGAAUUGAACCUCUGUCCCGAGACCAGUCGAGUAAUAGCCACUUAUCAAGACCGCACAACAUCCGGCGAUCAUGGGCGGGGGACUCUCCAAACUGAUGGACAAGAUCUUCGGAUCGAAAGAAAUGCGCCUGUUGAUGUUGGGACUUGACGCUGCCGGGAAGACCACAAUCCUCUAUAACCUCAAACUCGAACAAAAUGUCACCACCAUCCCCACCGUCGGCUUCAACGUCGAAACCGUGACCUAUAAGAACACCAAAUUCAACGUGUGGGACGUCGGCGGGCAGGACAAGAUCCGGCCCCUCUGGCGCCACUACUUCUCCGGCACGCAAGGCCUAGUGUUCGUAGUGGACUCGAACGACCGCGAGCGGGUCGAGGAAGCCCGGUCGGAGUUGCAGCGAAUCAUCCAAGAUCGCGAGAUGAAGGAUGCGCUACUGUUGGUGUUUGCGAAUAAGCAGGAUAUCAAAAACGCGAUGCGCCCGGAUGAGGUGUCGAGACGGCUGAAGCUCGAUGAGAUCGCGAGAGAUCAUCUGUGGAAGGUCGAGCCGAGUUGCGCGACGACCGGUGAGGGGAUCUUUGAGGGACUGACGUGGCUUUCCAACAACGUCAAGUUGCCUAACAAAUAAGUGGCGCCGACCGAGGAGAUACGUCUCCGAUAUGCCUCCAUAUUCUAAUUCCGACCGAUCAUCGAGCUCGAUCACCCCCUCGCCCCCUAUCGAAUGCUUUCCCCAAGCACUCUAACAUACGCGGAGAAAUUUUGCUAUACCAUGAUACCCGUCCAUCCUUUCCAUGCCUUUCUCUUCGUCGCAUCGUGGGUCGAAAUCAGCGACACGGGAGGCUUUGACUUUGUUAGCUACCGAUUGCUAACCUCGGGCGGAUGCGUCGCGCGGCUUCUUUGCUCCCUGUACUCCG